AUGGGCCAGGCGCAAGACGUGCACAUCCCAGAGGUCCACCCAGAUGACCUCGAGUCAAACCCGCCACCCACCGACUCUGCCAAGCCCUCCCGGUCUCAAAGUCAAAACGAGGUCGACGCCGGGGCUGGCACACACAGUGAACGGGCUCCCAGCGACGUCGGCUCGGCCCUCGCGCGCCAUGCCUCCCUCAACGAUGCCGCAUCGCUCGCCUCUAUCGACCGGCCGCCCAGCGAGCCGGAGAAGAUACCCGCCGCGAAGAUAUACCACCCGUACCACCCUGCCGUGCUUGCGCUGCUCAUGCCCGCGUCGGUGUUCGGGUGUCUCGCACGGCUGGGUGUGGAUGCCCUAGUCUCAUUUGACGGCGCUGCGAUCUUCCCGCUUGCGUGGGUGCAGGUCGGCGGGUGCCUAGUUAUGGGAUUCUGUCUUGGAAUCAGGGAGCCGUUCGGUCGGUUCUAUGGUCCGUUGUACACGGCCUUCACCACAGGUUUCUGUGGUUCGUUCACCACAUUCUCGUCAUGGCAGUACGCCGUGUUUCAGGCAUGGAUCAAUUCAGGGCGAUACCAUCGGGACUGGCUACGCGACGUGAGUCAUCGACGGCCUCACCCAACUCCUCUUCACACUCGCCCUAUCCUCUCCGCCGUGCAAUUCGGUACACACUUGGCUACCCUCAUAGCGCCGCACUUCCCCCGGCCUCCUUCCCCGAACCGGGUAGUUCGCUACUCCCUCACCGCGCUGUCAGUCUGCAUCUACGCAGCGACUUUCCCCGCCUAUUCCCGCAUGCCCGAGUCGUUCCGCCACCAAGCGACGUCCGCGCUGCUGUACUCCUUCCCUGGGACGCUGACCCGCUACCUGCUGUCGAUCAACCUCAACCGCAGGCUCAAGCUGUUUCCCCUGGGGACCUUCGCAGCGAACAUUCUCGGGACCGGGCUCAUCGGACUCUUCGAGGUGCUGCAGAGCACGCACGGGCCGUUGUCUGUGAACGCGUGCAACGUCCUCAAUGGACUUGCAAACGGGUACUGUGGCUGUCUGACCACCGUCAGCACAUUCGCCACGGAGGUGGACGCGUUGGAGAGCAAGAAGGCGUGGUUCUAUGUCAUCUUGAGUGUUGUCUGCUCCCAACUACUGUUGCUGGUGAUUCUGGGUCCUUCGUACUGGGCAGGCCAUGUCAGCGAACAGCUGACAUGCAAGUACGUGCCGUAA